ACUGCAGCACCAACGUUCCUCCAAGCUACAAGCACUUUAGCUACAGCGACGGCGGGAAGUUAUUUUCAUCUCUUUGACCCUAAUUCGGAUCCCGUUCAGAGGACAGGAUUGUUAAGGAUCGAAACGUCUCUAUCUUUUAUGAAUGGAGGUGUAACUGGACACACGCUAACUAUAAAUUAAGUCGACUGGCGUGGGCUUCAGCUAACAUGGCUAACGUCGGAAACCAGCUACCAACACAGGCCGUUAGCAAGCCUGCAUCAGGAAAACAUGGAAAUGUAUUACCCCUGUGGGGUAACGAAAAGACUAUGAACCUUAACCCAAUGAUUCUUACAAAUGUGCUGUCUUCGCCGUAUUUCAAAGUUCAGCUUUAUGAACUUAAGACCUAUCACGAAGUGGUGGACGAAAUCUACUUCAAGGUGACUCACGUUGAACCCUGGGAGAAAGGGAGUAGAAAGACUGCGGGCCAGACUGGAAUGUGCGGAGGGGUGCGUGGAGUUGGAACUGGUGGUAUUGUGUCCACUGCUUUCUGUCUUCUUUAUAAACUGUUUACUCUCAAGCUGACCCGCAAACAGCUGAUGGGUUUGAUCACCCACACAGACUCUCCAUAUAUCAGAGCCCUUGGCUUCAUGUACAUAAGAUAUACUCAGCCUCCAGCAGAUUUGAUAGACUGGUAUGAUGACUUCCUGGAUGAUGAGGAGGAGCUUGACGUAAAGGCAGGGGGUGGUUGCGUGAUGACAGUUGGAGAGAUGCUGCGCUCCUUCUUGACCAAACUGGAGUGGUUCUCCACUCUGUUCCCCCGUAUCCCCGUGCCUGUGCAGAAAGCUAUAGACCAGCAGAUGAAAGCCAGGCCUCGUAAGGUGGCUCAGAAAGAGCCGCAGGAGGAAGAAGCCACAUAUGCAGAGGCAGGAAGGCAAGGAGAACGACGCCGCUCAAGGACACCCAGACGGACACCGAGCCCCCGAAGGUCUCCCAAAAGGUCAAGGAGCCGGAGCCACCAUCAUGAGAAGGACCGUCAUGGACCCAGCUUUGACAAAGAGCUGGAGAGAGAGCGGGACCGCCAGAGGAAAGAGAGAGAGGGAAGGGACAGGGAUAGGGACAGAGGGGACCGAGGGGACAGGGAGAGGCGACGGUCUCGCAGUGCUGACAGAAACCAAGACCGACGAGAACGCAGGAGAAGUCGCAGUGGCAGCCGGGAUCGAAGGAGCGAACGUAGAGACAAAGACAGAGAUGGCGGGGACGACAGGAGCAGAAGGAAGGACAGGGAGCACCACAAGGAUAGAGGCUCUGAGAGGGAGAGGUCCCGGGAUAAAAAGAGCAGGGGAGAGACUGAUGAAAAGAGGCACAAAGACGACAGGGACAGACACCGAGACGAGAGGAAGGCCAAGAGGUCGAGUCGGAGUCGAAGCAGGGAGAGGAGGCACAGGAGCGGGGGAGAGGAGAAGAGCAGGAAAAGAGAGCGCAGCCACGACCGAGACAGGGAAAGAGACGGAGAACAGCGUUCUCACAAACGAAGUCGUAGCAAAGAGCGAAGCCAUCAUCAGCGAGAGUCCAGCAAUGACCAUAGUAGACAUACUGAACGCAGAAGGAGUCAUAGCACUGAGUAAAUGUCCCCCUGGAGCAAUAUUCUCCUACAUCUUGUUUCUUUCUUUUUGAACCCAGCCAUCUGGUCUGUCGAGAAGGAAUGUCAGCUUUUCAGACAUUUGAAAUCGUCUCUGGCCAAUGUAAUGUUGCUUUAUGUUUUCUGCCUUUUUCACCCCCUGUAGACCAUUGUUAGUCUUCACUUUUGAUGUAAAAGUGAAAAAAUGGCAUUUUAAUUUUCUAUGGUUCUUUUGUCUCAGAAAGAUGUGGGUUUGUACAUAAUGUUUAGGAGGCUGUCCACACACGAUAUGUCGUCAGAUUUGCAGUAGUUGCUGAGUUGGGCCAUAACUAUAUACAGUAUGUAACGUAAUUUAUGGAGAUUACCUGUUAUUUGUGGUCAGUACAGUUUCCCAACACUUUACUGUAAAGCUUAUGUCUGGACUUUAUUCAUAUUUAAGAUUCUUAAUUGUCCUCUCAUGCCUCAAAGUGUGAAAGAGAGAAGUCAAAGUUUAAAUUUGGGUGUAGUUGCAGACAUGGGUUAGUAUAAAGCAUUUCUAUCCACAAUCGUGUGUGGACAACUUGAGAAUGUUUUAAUCCUCUAAAGGGCAGUCUGCAAAGGGUGGUUUUUUUUUUUACCACACACACCGAGCCUGUGUUGUGUCUGGGUUAUUGCUCUGUUGCAAUUUGUUUUCUAAUAAAACACUUUUA